AUGGUCAAGCGGCGAAAGCUGCAGCAGGGUCGGCAGGCAAGGGGAGCAACGGCUCACAACGGAGCCAAAGGAGUCAAAGGAGCCCCGAGCCCGCAUGCUGCCGGACGCCGUCGGAACGGUCCGGGUCGGGGUCCAGGGCCGGCUCCCGGUAACUCCACGUCGGGAGGGGCCAAAUCCAAGGGCAAAAAGCAGCCGCCUCAGCAGCAGCACCAGGCACCUGUUAUACCCUUCUCUCCGGACGAGUCCAUAUUGCUGGUUGGCGAGGGUGACCUCAGUUUCGCCAGGUCACUGGUCGAGCACCACGGCUGCACAAACCUCACAGCCACCGUGUUGGAGAAGGAUCUGGCAGAGCUCGUCGAGAAGUAUCCCCACGUUGCUGAGAACGUCGAGGCGGUCGAGUCGUCCAGUGGACAGAACACAGUCGUAUUUGGUGUGGAUGCACGUAAAAUGGGUCCAUUUAUUGAAAAGCGACCGCCACGGGAUAAAUUAGAUGAAGAGGAUGAGAAGGAGGAGGAUGGUGACCAAAAUGAUCAGCAGCAGAAACAGAAGCAGCAACAUCCAAACAAACGCAAGGCCGGCGGUCCGGCGCUAAAGGAUCGCAUUCUGUUCAACUUCCCACACGUGGGCGGCAAGAGCACCGACGUCAACCGACAGGUGCGCUACAACCAGGAGCUGCUGGUCGAUUUCUUCAAGCGCGCCGACCGUUGCCUCUCCCCCGGCGGCUCCAUCGUCGUCACCUUGUUCGAAGGGGAGCCCUAUACCCUGUGGAACGUCCGCGACCUCGCCCGCCACUCGGGCCUGCAGGUCGAGCGCAGCUUUGCCUUCCGCGCCGACGCCUACCCGGGCUACCAUCACGCCCGGACCCUGGGUGCCGUGAGGAGCAAGAACGGCGAGCUCGGCGGCGGCUGGAAGGGCGAGGAGAGAGCCGCCCGAAGCUACAUCUUUUACCGCAAGGACGAGGUCCCCAAGCCCGUCGCCAAGAAGAGGAAGCACUCGGCCUCGUCGGACGAUUCGGACGGGUGGGAAGAGGACUCGAAUGAUGGCGCCUGA